GGCUCCUGUUUUCUCCGGAGGGGCGGAUAAAAACACCGGGUGGGACCGCGGCGCGGAGCGGCGGCGGCGAGCGCGGGCCGGGCGGGGUCGAGGCUCUCGACGAGGCAGUCUUCCCCCGCAGCCAUGGCGCCGACGCUUGCCACCGCUCACCGCCGGCGCUGGUGGAUGGCCUUCACGGCCAUCAUCGAGAACCUGCUCUUCUCCGCUGUCCUGCUGGGCUGGGGGUCGCUGCUCAUCAUGCUGAAAGCAGAAGGGUUUUACUCCUACCUGUGCUACGUGUCGGGAAACUCCACCGACCACCACGAGCAAGAAAACAGCACGGCUUCGGAGAACAAAUGGCCUUCCUGCAAUGCCCAAGACGAAAUGCUGAACUUGGCCUUCACCAUUGGGUCCUUCCUGCUCAGCGCCAUCACCCUGCCCCUGGGGAUUGUCAUGGACAAAUACGGCCCUCGCAAGCUGCGGUUGCUUGGCAGUGCCUGCUUUGCUGCCUCCUGUGUGCUGAUUGCAUAUGGUGCCAGUAACCCAGACUCUCUGUCUGUGCUGAUAUUCAUUGCGCUGGCUCUGAAUGGCUUUGGUGGGAUGUGCAUGACCUUCACAUCACUUACGUUGCCCAACAUGUUUGGUGACCUUCGUUCCACGUUCAUUGCUCUGAUGAUUGGCUCCUAUGCUUCUUCUGCUGUUACUUUUCCGGGAAUCAAGGUUAUAUAUGACUUUGGGGUCUCCUUCAUCCUUAUUCUGCUUGUCUGGGCAAGCUGUGCAGGAUUAGUUUUCCUCAACUGUUUCUUCAACUGGCCACUUGAGCCUUUCCCAGGUCCAGAGGACAUGGACUAUACGGUGAAAAUAAAGUUCAGCUGGCUGGGAUUUGACCACAAAAUCACUGGGAAGCAGUUUUACAAGCAAGUGACGACCGUGGGGCGCCGUCUCAGUGUGGGAAGCUCCAUGAAGGGCCCCAAAGAGCUGACAGCCUUGCAAGAGAAUAACAAGCUCUGCCUGUCCACGGUGGACCUGGAAGUGAAGUGCCAGCCUGACAACACAGCUUCUCCCUCCUUCAUGAAGAGUGUCUUCAGUCCUAUCUUGUUGCUCAGCCUUAUCACCAUGUGUGUCACUCAGCUGAGGCUUAUCUUCUACAUGGGGGCCAUGAAUACCAUUCUUGGGUUUCUGUCUGGAGAUGAAGAUCAAGUGAGUCUUUACACUUCUAUUUUUGGGGUGUUGCAACUGCUGUGCUUGCUGACAGCACCUGUGAUUGGGUACAUCAUGGAUUGGCGACUGAAAGAGUGUGAUGAUGCCUCAGAAGAGAACGAGGAGAGCAACGCUGAGCAAAGCGACAAGAAAAAGAAAAAACGUGAUCGUCAGAUCCAGAAAAUCACCAAUGCUACCAACGCCUUUGCGUUCACAAACCUUCUGCUGGUUGGCUUUGGAGUCACCUGUCUUAUUCCUAACCUACCGUUGCAGAUUCUUUCCUUCAUCUUGCACACAAUUGUGAGAGGAUUCAUCCACUCAGCUGUGGGAGGCCUCUAUGCAGCUGUAUACCCCUCUACUCAGUUUGGCAGCUUGACAGGGUUGCAGUCUUUGGUCAGUGCCCUUUUUGCCCUUCUGCAGCAGCCUCUGUUUAUGGCAUUGACGGGACCUUUGAAAGGAGACCCUCUCUGGGUGAAUGUUGGCUUGCUUGCUCUGAGCUUCCUGGGCUUCUGCCUUCCCAUCUACCUGGUCUGCUACAGACGCAGGCUAGAGAGAGAAAGAAAACAGAAGAAUGAUGAUGCCAAACUCUUCCUCAAAAUCAAUGGCACUCCUAAUGAGGAAGCCUUUGUGUAAACUGGUGCUUCGAAUGCAACUUCCCCUGUACAGGUUCCUGCCACAUCCGUGGGCUCUACCUGUGGUGUAAGCCAGGCUGUUUCUUUCCUGGCUCUGCCAGUCUUUGCUCAUCACUGGAGUGAGGGCCAUACAGCGUGACUGAGCUUUCCUCAGAUAUAGAGCAGGAAGAGACCUCCCACUCCUUACUCCAGAACAUGGGACAUUUUUCCUUUUUAUAAAGGCUACACAGUUAUUGUGUCUUAAAUUAUUCCCUGAUCACGCUCUUCAGCAGCAGUGUCUCUGCACUAGGGGGACUGGGGAGAGAAGGAAUUGCAGGGAUGGGGGAAGAGGGAAGACAGACCAUAAUUUGAGUUUGCAAAUGUAACACACUGAAGUCUGUGGGGUUUUUUUCCCUUCCUUCUUCCCCCAACCCUGGCUGACAUUGUCUCAGAUGCAGGCUGUGCUCUCCUCCCUUCCCUUAGGUUUGGCAGUGGCCUUUCUGCUUGAUGGGUAGCUGGACCCAGUGGUUUUACCGUCUAUCCAGACGUAUCCCAGACUGUUCCUGAGGCAGGGAAGGGAAUUUCUUCCUAUGUGUAUGAGCAGAACUUCAGUAUAUUGCUAAAUGCUGGCUGCUGGUGUUGACAACUCCCAAAUCCUUUAUUACUACAUGUGGCACAGACUGUGAGCAAUGGAUCUGCCUUCCACACUGAAAUGAAGAGCCUAGUGGACUGCUUGGUCCUAUCCCAAGCCUUCGAAGGCCUGGAUGCCUCUUCCUCCUGGCCUGUAAAUCGUCUGUACAUGUAAACUGUCUGCAGUCUUGAACCUUUCAGAUAGGAAUUGGAUCUUGUUUACCGAUGAAGUGCUUUGAGACUUGUUGCCUUUUGCCGCCUCCUCUCUCUGAAAUGACCCUGGGAGAAGAGCAGCAGCUUGUACUUAGUACAGUGGAGAAGCCUCCUGAAGGUGGGUUCUGGGGCUCCACACACCUCAGUAUUCAUGUGUCAUGAGCUGACUUGCUGUUAAAUCAAGAGUGCAGAACACUCCUUGCAUCUGGUAACUGGAUCCUGUGAACACGUCAGGGCGAUGUGGCAACGUAAUUCUUCCCUUAGCCAUAGCCUAUUCACAUUGUUCUGAUAAUAGCCCCCAAGCUGCUGAACACCAGGUUACUGUGACUGACCAAAAAGCUGCUGGUUUGGCUGUAUUACGAGCCUUCUACGAUGUCUGUGCUCUGUCUGGACGGAGUACGUGGUGGUUGAUUGUAUUGACUUAUAGAGCAAUAUGUGUGGGUAAAGGUGCCCCAGGGUCUGUUUGCCGUGGAGGGAAUACAAAGGGAAUUCUUGACCUGCUUAUUUUUAUAUUGGUUUUCCUAGGUCUUGUCUAAGUAGACAUUUCUCCCCUUAACCUUCUUGAUGAGGUCAGUAGCGCAGCCUGUGUAUCCUUGUGACGAGCAUUAAGCACUGCACCAUUUGGACCUGCUCUAGCAGGACUGUGCCGCACUGAGGAUGAACACCAGCAGGUGUGCAGCAGCAGCAUGCGUGCUGGGCUGGGCUGAGCUCGUGGCUGCAGGAAGGUUGGAGGAGAGAGGGGAAAAAAAGGCAGUUAUGAAGAUGUAGUGGUGAUGCUUUCUGAACUGCCAACUCCUGCAUUUAUUGCAGAGUCUGGCAGUGGGUAAGUCAUUAAACUUCGUGUCUGGUUGGAAAAGUAUAAGACUCAAUCGCUGUCCCAUGAACUCCAAGCUGGGCAUCGGAAACAUCAGUGCGCCUGGACCUGCUGGUGAGAAAUUACCUGAAAACUGGGUGUUAACUCCUAUAUCGAUGGUUUGAAACAUGCAGAUGCUCAGCCCAGCCAGGUUUUCACCAUUCUAAAUCUCAAGCUUGGCAAUGUCUUGCCCAGAGCCUCGGGAGGAAUCGCUGGGUGUCGGAAACCCUGAGGAGCCGCUUCCUGGUGCCCUUGCCAGGACACAGUGACUAGGCAGCGUUGUGGGACAGCAGCGCCAUCUCGAGUCACUGCCUUCAGACAGCUCCCGUGGGCAGUUCAGAUGCUACUACACUCCACGGUACCUUUUAGUCUUCAGUCACUUGUUUUAAAAUGACUUGCCACUGAGUAUUUGACACACUUGUGGAUUUUUUUUUUACGUGUUGCCUUUAUUAAAUGUUUGUUCCAAGACAGCCUUAUCGCCUGCUGUCAACAUGAUGGUGUUCUAAAACUUUCAUUUUCUGUUUGCUCUUAUAGCUUUAGUGACGAUUUACUGCCCUUCCCAGCUUUUUUCCCUUGUGUCAAGCAAUAAUUAGGGAGGCACCGUUCUGAUUUGGUUUCCUGCUCACUUGCAAUUGUCUCAAGUACGUGCCUAGAAAUCCACCAGUAGUAGUUCAGCUUUCCGUAUUUCCAGAGGGCUUUUUGCAGAUUUCUGCGUUCUGUAUUGCUCUACUUGCCACUUCUAAAUGCUUCUAAAAGAAGGUUCCUACUCUUGCUGCAAGAUAUUUGUGAUGUGAGAGUGACUUUUUUUAGCAAGAUCUCAGACAGGUGAGUGUGAGCCACAGUCCUCAGAUUCACGAUAUCUGAAAAUAGACAGCUGUUUGAGGACUUCAGUGUGCUAACUUCACCUUAAUUUCAAACUAUUGAGCAUGGUAUCUUCCACUCUGCCACCUGAAUUCCUGAUACAAAUGUCCCUGCAAAAUGGUGGAAUACCCUCUGAAUGGCAUAUAUUGCUGAAGUCGCAGUGGAGAUGCUGCUGCCUUUGAAGUGUGUGCAGCUAAAUUAAAUGGAGAACACCCUUUUAUUCCUGCCAUCUACCUUCCUACUGCAAUUCCCAAGUCCUGCCCUGUAUUGGGAGUAUUCUCCAAGCCACUUUCAUGUGCUAAAAUACUGGAUAAAUGUGAUUAGUGUCUCUGAUGUGGCACAGUGCUUAGAAACUGCUAGUCAGCUGUAAGGAGAAGAACAUGCCUUUGAGUCAAGGUUUCAGGCUCCCUUUGCAGAUUCAGAGUUAAAGCAUGCCUUUGGCUUGCAGUCACAAGGACCGAUGGAUGCACAAUGAAGCUUCAGUUGUCAGGGUUUAAAAGGACAAACGGGAGUGCUUUCUCAGGCAGUGCAAAGUCAGGCUGUGGAAUUCAUUCUGCAGGAUGUUGUGGGGAGCAAAGUAUAAAUGGAUUUUUUUUUUUUUUAAAGGGACUAGUUAAACGAUGGUUUAAUAUGUCCACUAAUUCAGGGAGAUUUAAAGUUGCUGUAAAUAGGAAAAGUAUGCCAAGGAAUGAUUACUUUUCCAUGUGCUCUGUCUCUUUAAGAACAUACUACUAUAGAAUGGAGGAAAUAUGCUGGGCUAGGUGGAAUGAUGGUCUGGUCUUGUAGGGUUCAUUUUACUCCACUAGUUGUGGACUAGACUAAUUUUAAAGUCAAUCUCAAAUUUAUCUAUCAACAUAGCUAUAGCUGCAUGUACAAUGUGCAUAUACUCUGACUGUGGCAUAAUUACUUAAAUGCGGCAUCUGCUGCAGAGGUGGGCCCCUAAAAGGACAACCAGAGUAUUCUGGCUUCAGCUUCCUCUACAUGUUGUCUUGUAUGGUGCAGAAAAAAAUUGUCAAGACAGUUCUGUUAAAUGUGAUUGUCCAUGGGCAGUUUGCCUUGUUCUCUGAUGCUCAUGGAAACAUAACGAUGGAUUACUUAAAUGUGGAAUGGAAUGCAGCACUUCUGCCUUCCAGCCAAGUGAUGCAGGACAAAGGAAAUUCCUGAUGUACACUUCUACAUGCGUGAGCCACCCAGUGGAAAAAAUAAAUGGGCUACCAAAGGCUAGAGAGCCACAUCAAUUAAAUCAAUAAUGCAUUUACCUGUAUAAUUAAAAUAUAGGUCAGUGUGUUUAACUGGUUUCAUAACUUCUAAAUUCUGGAACUUGUAAAAUUUUUUUUUUAAUGCCUCUUCUCUCUCCCCCUUCUCCCCCACCCAUGUUAGAAGCGCUAGGAGGCGGUUGUGGAAAAGACCUCAUUUCUUCAGUAGAAGCAUCCCUAACUGAAAGUAACUAAACAGAAACCUGAUCUGUGAGUCCUUGCCAUUUGCAGGAGCACUCGGACUCGGUGAUGCUACUGUAUAAAGGUGAUUGCACCUUCUGGAGUAACUGCUCCUGGUUUCUACAGAGAACUCGCAUGCAUUUUAAAAAUGUCUUUAUUUGGGGAAAAUGGAUUGGGGAAGGAACAGAGAGCUUUUUCCUUUUACUGAGAUGUCAGUACCUAAAACCCAUCAACACAAUCUUUAUAGCACGAAUGUGAUGCUAUCAAGAGUAGCAGAGAAAAUCUGUGCUAUUUUGCUUAAUAGGAGUCUUGUAACUUUCUUCACUUACUGUCAUAGAGUAUCUGGAUACUUAAGAAAUAAUUGGACACAGAUGUCUGUGGAAAACAAAUCUGGCUGAGAGUCCAGCUUAACUGCAAUGCUGUUACACUGACUGAAAUGUCUAACUCCCACAGCAACACCUGGCCUCUUCAUGUUCUGUCUAUAAAGGAAAAUUGUACGAUAGUGAGAUUUUAACUAAAACAGUAAAUCACUAAAAUGUUUUAAAGUAGGAGGUUUCUCUCUUCACAAGCUGAUGAAUUUGGAAAAUAUACUACAAAAUAUAAAGCAGAUACUCUAAGGGAAAAGAAUGGAAUCUUAAAACUACAAAUUUUCUGUUACUUUUUUUCCUUUGAGUGUUUUUUUUCUUUAUCUGCAAGGCUUUUGGUAUUCCCCACUUCCCAGUUUAGAAGUGCAAAGUAUUCAUAAUGCAGGCUAAUAUUACACUGGUAUUCCUGAUGGGAAGGGCCUGUAAAACAGACACUUUUGAUUAUAUUUCACAACAUUUAUCUUCUCUGGAAAUAGCUGAAGCAAUGAUGUAUUAUGUAGAUGCAUUCUCACAUGUUAAUUAUAAACUUUAGAGGUCCUUGGGUUUGUUUUUUUUGUUUCUACCUGGGGUGCUCUGCCUGUCUUUGCGCAAUCUGCUUUUCUCAGUGUCCCGUGCUCCGCGCUAUCAUCCUUCCUACUGCUGCACAUCACUCCCGUGUGCCCAGCUCCUCUAUCACUUGCUCUUUGUUCUUGGAAGAAUUCCCGUUUUCAGGAUGCACCCUCCUUUCAACCUCCUGGGAUUAGCCUCCCCCACUCUCCCUUGUUCCUGAAUUUUUUUUGUUUUUUAUUGUAUCUGUCAAAGUUCAAUUGUAAAUUCCUUGUGGCAGGGCUCUGUCAUUGUGUGUUUGUAAGGUGAUGUGCACUCUUACAGUACUAUCUAAAAAUAAAUGUGGUAUUAAGUUAA